UAAAUAAAUAAAUAAAUAACUGAUUUCACAGCGAUUGCUUCCUCGUUAACCACCGGGGGAGAACGGUCGCCAUUUCAUCUUCCAUUCCAAUUCCACCACAGAGGGAGAGAGAGAGGGUGAAGAACAGUGGAAGAUCAAACGCUACUUCGUAGUUCACGAAGGUCUCCAUUGCCGCCAUUGAUAACAGACCUCCAUCCUCUCCCUUCUGUAAGUUUCUCCUUUCAUUUUAACUUUGUUUUCGAUUGUUAGAGUAAUCGCUCUGGACUUGUAUCGAUUGAUUCAAGAGUUUAUCUAAUUCUUUUUCAUCCCUCGAUUAACUCCUUCGACUUUGACUAACAUAAUCCAAUAAUCAUCGUCAAGAUUCGAUUUCUUUACAAAAAAAAAAACGGAAAAACCCUUUCGUCUUCUCCAUUCGCCGUUUCGUCUUUUUCUGCGAUCAGUUUUUAACAUAAACAAUCGCCGACUUCAAAUCCAAUCUUAUCCUUCGAACAAAACCAGGACAAUUUGCUUCAACUUCCCCGUCUCCUCCUUCAAUGGAGGAUGAAUUUCGGGAUCCACAUGGAAAUUUAUUACUUAAUAAAUGGUGUGUCAUGAAGCGUUAUGAAUGUGGCGACGGCUGAGUUGUAUUCUGUGUGUGACAUUCAAGCAAAUACGUGGUGCAAUUUUGUCGCCCGCGUAUGCUUCCAAAUGUUGAAAAAUUAGGUUCAAGAAUCUUCAAUUCCACAAUUCAAUUCACUCGAAUUUAAAUCUUUUGAAGGGAUCGGUUUCUGAAUAAAAAACGCAUGCCCUUCUCUUUAUAAAAUGCAAUACCUCUGUGUAAAACUCUGUUUAUUGAACAACCAGCAUGCAGAGCAAGAGCCUUUCUCCGGACUCCAGAGAUUUCGACAUUGAUGAUUACAUCGGAAUGGAGAGUUGUGUUGAUUUGAGGGAGAAUCACACGGCGGCGGACAUCUCCGGGGAGAAUUGUAAGAGAGAUAACAAAAUGUUGGGAAUGGAGAGGAAAGAUCACAACGAAUAUCCACCGCCGAUUCAAUUGCUGGUUCGAACUGAGAAUCUGGCUUCCCAAAUGCCAUGGGUGUUGAAACGACGCUACACCGACGACGGGCGGCUGAUUCUGACGGAUGAGAGAUUGAGACACUAUGAAUUCUUCCGUGCCCACAGAUCCGACGGCCGUCUGAUGCUGCAGCUGGUGGCCUUCGACGACCAGGGCUACGAUGAGUCGAACGUGGAAAUAGGGGAUGAGGACGGCGGUAGAGGAGAGGAGUGUGCGGCGGCGGCGGAGGGCAGUGAUGCAGUGAUGCAGAGUCGUCUGUGUUCGGGGUGUCAGUGCCCGCAGGGAGCUUUGAGUACUGUACGACGCUUAGGGAAAGAUGUCAGUAACAGCAACGGCUUAUAGCGUGGAAUCGCAUCGUACGUGUGCACGUGUCAUUUAAUUUUUAGAUGAUAUUAUAUGAUUAUGAAAACAUUAAUUAGACUAAUAUUCAAAUAUUUGAGAUUGGACCCU